GAACAAUCAAUAAAGUCAAAGCUAGUGUUUUUAGAAAUUGUGGGAACUUCUACUUUUACGAGUAGAUCAUUGCAGUAAAAAUAGUUAUAAUUUAGGAUUGAGCAACGCUGCAAUUGCAAUGAAAAUGGCGUGGCAGCCUCAAGAAGAGGGUUUGAGACAAAUUUUGCAGCUUCUUAAAGAAUCGCAGUCACCUGAUACAGCGACACAGAGAUCAGUUCAACAAAGACUUGAAGAACUGAGCAAAUUCCCAGACUUCAACAGCUAUUUGAUUUUUGUUCUGACAAAGUUAACAUCUGAAGAUGAGCCGACGCGUUCCCUCAGCGGCCUCAUCCUGAAGAACAACGUGAAGGCCCACUACAACAAGUUCCUCCCGGAGGUGACCAACUUCAUCAAGCAGGAAUGCCUGUCGGCCGUCGGAGACCCCUCGCCCCUGAUCCGGGCGACGGUCGGCAUCCUCAUCACCACGAUCGCGUCCAAGGGCGAGCUGACCACGUGGCCCGAGCUGCUGCCGGCCCUCUGCAACAUGCUCGACUCCCAGGACUACAACGUGUGCGAGGGCUCCUUUGGGGCACUGCAGAAGAUUUGCGAGGACUCCGCUGAACUGUUGGAUAGUGAUGCCCUGAACAGGCCAUUAAACAUUCUUAUUCCCAAGUUUCUUCAGUUCUUCAGACAUACUAGCCCCAAAAUAAGAUCUCACGCUAUUGCGUGUGUGAACCAGUUCAUUAUCGGCAGAACCCAGGCAUUGAUGAUGCACAUCGACUCGUUUGUAGACAACUUGUUUCACCUUGCGAGUGACGACGAGCCGGAGGUCAGGAAGAACGUGUGCCGUGCGCUGGUGAUGCUGCUGGAAGUCCGUAUGGACCGCCUGAUUCCUCACAUGAACAGCAUCAUAGAGUACAUGCUGCUGCGAACCCAGGACCCCGACGAGGGGGUGGCGCUGGAGGCGUGCGAGUUCUGGCUCUCCCUGGCGGAGCAGACCAUCUGCAAGGAGGCGCUCUCCCGCUACCUGGAGCGCCUGGUCCCGGUGCUCGUCAAGGGGAUGAAGUACUCCGAGAUCGACGUCAUCCUGCUCAAGGGGGAUGUUGAGGAUGAUGAGAUGAUCCCCGACCGCGAAGAGGACAUCCGGCCCAGGUUCCACAAGUCCCGGACCCACACGGUCAAGCACGCGGACGAGAACGGCGAGGAGGAUGAAGACGACGACGACGGAAUGGAUGACGACAACUCUUUGUCGGACUGGAAUCUGAGGAAAUGUAGUGCUGCAGCACUUGACGUCUUGGCGAAUGUCUUCAGGGAAGAUCUUCUGCCGGUUCUUGUGCCUAUCCUCAAAGAAACCCUGUUUCAUCCAGAAUGGGAAAUAAAGGAAUCUGGUAUUCUUGCCUUGGGAGCAAUUGCAGAAGGCUGCAUGCAGGGCAUGAUCCCCCACCUGGCUGAGCUAAUCCCCUACCUCAUCAGCUGCCUGGAGGAUAAGAAGUCCUUGGUGCGGGCCAUCACCUGCUGGACGCUGAGCCGCUACGCCCACUGGGUCGUCAGCCAGCAGCCCCACGAGAACUUCCUCAAGCCCCUCAUGACCGAGUUGCUGAAGAGAGUGCUGGACGGCAACAAGCGCGUGCAGGAGGCAGCGUGCUCUGCGUUUGCGACGCUGGAGGAGGAGGCCUGCACGGAGCUGGUGCCCUACCUCGGCUACAUCCUGGAGACGCUGGUGUUCGCCUUCAGCAAGUACCAGCACAAGAACCUGCUGAUCCUGUACGACGCCAUCGGCACUCUGGCGGAUUCCGUGGGUCACCAUCUCAACAAGCCAGAGUACAUCAACCUGCUCAUGCCGCCCCUCAUACAGAAGUGGAACAUCCUGAAGGACGAGGACAAAGAUUUGUUCCCUCUCCUCGAGUGCUUGUCGAGCGUUGCCACAGCGUUGCAGUCCGGCUUCCUGCCCUACUGCGAGCCUGUGUACAGGCGGUGCGUGUCUCUCGUAGAACAGACGCUUAAUCAGCACAUUGCCAACACGCAGCACCCGGAGCAGUUCGAGGCGCCCGACAAGGACUUCAUGAUCGUGGCCCUGGACCUGCUGUCGGGGCUGGCGGAGGGCCUGGACGGCCACAUCGAGAAGCUGGUGGUGAGCUCCAGCAUCAUGCCGCUGCUGUACCAGUGCAUGCAGGACCCCAUGCCCGAGGUGCGGCAGAGCUCCUUCGCGCUGCUGGGCGACCUCACCAAGGCCUGCUUCCAGCACGUGCACCCCUGCAUAGCUGAAUUUUUACCUAUACUUGGUCAGAAUUUGAACCCCGAGUUCAUUUCCGUUUGCAAUAAUGCAACAUGGGCGAUAGGCGAAAUAGCUGUAAAACUGGGCCCAGAAACUAGGCCGUACAUAUCGAUGUUCCUCAACGAGCUCAUCACCAUCAUCAACCGGCCGAACACACCGAAGACGUUGCUGGAGAACACAGCCAUUACUAUUGGCCGACUAGGUUAUGUCUGUCCGCUAGACGUCGCCCCUCUGUUACAGCAGUUUGUUCGGCAGUGGUGCACGUCUUUGCGUAACAUACGCGACAACGAAGAGAAGGAUAGCGCUUUCCGGGGCAUGUGUCAGAUGAUAACGGUGAACCCGGGCGGAGUGGUCCCAGACUUCAUAUUCUUCUGCGAUGCCGUCGCAUCUUGGGUCAGCCCCAAGCCAGAUCUCAAGGAGAUAUUCCACAAGAUUCUCCACGGCUUUAAGACUCAGGUAGGCGAGAGCAACUGGAAGCGCUUUUCUGACCAGUUCCCACCUCAGCUGAAGGAAAGGCUGAGUUCCAUGUACGGUGUUUGAGCCUCUCGCCCAGGUUCUCGGGGGACAAGACUUGCUACCGCACGUCGUGGGCCUAGGGUAGGGGAGGGUGGGUGAAACCACGCAGCACCGGCGCGCUCCUGUCUGGCUAGGGCGACGCCAGUUUCCGGGUGGGAGGGAGGGUGGUGCGGGAAGGGAGGGGGGGGAACGAGACGCGUCUGCCCCGCAGCGCAUUCGUCCGUUACACUCUGCAUUGCAAUUCACGUAAGGGGAUACCAUUUUCAUUAAAAGGCCAGAUUUUCAAAAUUGGAAAAGUAACAUAGGGGUUUCAAAAAAAAAAAACAAAUGUCUUGAGUGCAGGGGAAAUUGUUGUAAGUCUUGCUUUUUUUCUUUCCUGUGCGGUGUAUUUUCUGUGUAGUAUUGUGGCACUUUUUGGCAGCCAGUUAAACAGGAUGUUUCUAUUGGCUGACCCAUUAUGCUUCAGUGUAUGGAAAUUAGUUAAAGGCUACAUGAGAAAAUUAAAAUAAAAUAUCUUUAAGUUUAGGUAUAAGAAAAAAAAUCCAUAAUUUAAGGAUUCACAGUAAAUGUAAUGUUAAAAAAAUUAAAAAAUUAUUAUUUAGAUGUCUUUAGCUCUGUAAGUUUUCUUAAAAUAAAGUGUUAUUAAUAUAAGAAUUCUGUGAAAGGAUAUUCUAACAUUGCUUUUAUUUUUGUCUAUUGGUAACGUAAAUGUGAUGCCGUUCAAAGCAGUUGGAGUGUUUUCGUAUUGAGACCAGCAAAUCUAGCCAAUUGUGUGGUCUUUCUGAAAGUUCAUUUACGUGUUCAGCCCCUGUAUGAUACUUUCUCGUAGAAACAGUGAUGAGGAAAGUGUAAUUAUGUUAUCACGAACACUUAAUCCCUAGACCCCCUUCCCAAAGUUGUCAUCACGUAGGCAAAAUCGAAAUGAGUAAGCAAGUAUUAGAUGUGCCUUGUUAUAAUACAAGAUCAAAUAUUAUUUAUGAACUUGAAAAAUCCCACCACCAAAUGUUGUCUGUAGAUUUUGAUCUUGCUUCAACUUUUUCAGAGCCCAGUUCAAGUAGAAUUAAAAUUCAUAAAAUUUGCAAAAGAAAAAUUCUGAAGCGACCAGGACGUACAAAUAUUUUUGGUAUGGCAGGACUUUAUAAAUUUUAAGCCCAGCUUAAUUUAUUUUAGCUAAACAAUUUGUUUUAAGAGUGUGUGUUUUUAGAGUACAAAGUUUUGCUUAUUAUUUUUAUUUGACUUCAUGUUCCUUACCAUUUCUUGUAAAAGGUGAUAACAUUUGCUUUUAAACACCAGUCAGCUUAGUGCAAAAUCAUUACCACCAUAAUAUUUGAGGGAAUGUAAUGAGAAUUCCAAUAGAUUUUGACUAGCAGUUUUAUUUUCAAUUUGUAUUUAAGUUGUGAUAAUUCUUUAAAUGAUAUCUCCAUGGUAUUGCAGAUGAAUUUGAUGUUUGAAUUAUAAAGAAAAUUAAGAAAUAAUAAUUGUGCUUGUACAUAAUUUUAAUGAAUGAUUAUUGUUUUUCUGUGAUCAGUUUCCAGUAGCAAAUUUUGCGUGCUGAAAAAUUUUUUGUUACUAUUUAUAUCCCUCUGGUAAAUGAUGUAGGUACAAAAUUGUUUUUGGUUGAUAGUUCAUUUCUUGCACGGUAGUAAGCAUAACAUCUCAUGUUUAAAACAAUGCAAGAUAGCUAUUGUUCUGGUUGCUAUGCAAUUUAUAUUCUGUGUUUUAUUUUUUUACAGUGUGAAAAAACUUUAAUGAUCUCUCUUAAUGCUGAUCAUACAUGAUUGAAGUGUUAUCAGGUUUAUUUUGGUCAUUUUUCACUUUUAAAAAAAAAAAAGCUAUUUCAGUAGACAUGCACUAUUCAUGGGCUCUAGACACUGUGCCAUGUAAUGUGAAUUUUGUAACGAAAUGUCAGAUGUCUUUCUCGCCACGCGAAAUAUGCCGAGGGGGAACCUUUAGGUAAAUGACAAUGAUGAGGAAAGAGAUAAUGGUUAUUCCUUUUUCACAUCUAUAGCUAGUCUUCAAUUUUUACGCCCCCAAUCUUGUUACAGAUGUAAGCUAGCAACACUUUGUAUUUGUUGAAGGGAAAAAAAAAAUUAAUAUUUAUUAAUGAUGUUUAGUUUGAUCAGGAAUACUGUAAUUAUGAUGAUGUGUUUAAUCUGCUCCAUGUGCUGUAUUAUUUUGAAGGCAUUAUGAUGUUUUUGUUUUUCUUAUAACCAGUAAUUUAAGGUUAAGUUCCUAAUUUAAGAUGUUAGUGCUAGUGCUCAUUCGGAACCAACCGUGUGCAGAUUAACGUACUGUGCGCUUGAGAAGUAUGAAAAUGCAAUUAUGUUCAGGAUGUUGGUGUAAAAUAAAUUAAACCACCAAAAUUUAAUGGGGGUGAGGGUGAAGCAAAGUUUGUUUUGGUUUCUUUAAGUCGGCACAGGUAAAUUAGUAUGAGAGAUAGUAAGUAGGUACCAUCAGUAAUGUGAUUUAGUCAAUAAAUUAUAAUUUUUUUUUUUAAUAUUUAACUGAAGUCUUAGUAGUUGUAUAAUAAUUACAAGUUAAAUUUGUGAUUAUUGGAGUGAAGUUUGUCUGAUAAGACUGCAUGCAAAACUUAGAGGUAGCUUUUGACAGUUCAUCAGUACUUUUAAAAAUCUUUAGUAUUCUCGAGAGAUUGUUUUAUUUUCAAAGCCCUCCCACCCCGACUUGACUCGGAUGAUGCAUUUUCUGCUCUGAGAUGAUUAUGAAUUAAAUCCCUGGUGGAGUCAAUAACGAAUUUCAUACAAGUGGGUUACAUGGUACUUUGGCCCGAUGGGGUUUUCUCUGCAUGCUCCACUAUCCCCCUCCCUUUUUUCCCCCCCAUAGCCAUUCAUUCUGACAAUGCUACAUUCUCAUCUCAUCAUAUCUUGCCGUCUUCAGAUGACUCGUAUGUGUCCACGAGAUGCGAGCAAAAUUCAUAUAUUCGACCAUUGACCUGAGGCUUAGCUGGAUAGGCAGAUCAACAUUUUGUGUACAGAAAUACUGCUUUAGAAUACUGUUGUCGGAAUAAACUGUGAAUAUUGGACAAGAGUAGUGAUGGGGAAAAUAACAUCUUUUUUGGCUUCUAAAAUCUUUUUAGAAAAGAUUACCUUAAAAUUAUACUUUAUAUUGUAUUUGGAAAGACUGAAUUUGAUGAUAACAUUUAUUUUUUGAAGAUAAUUUAUAAUUUUGCUUAAUAUCUCUUAUGCCAUACCUGCUCUCCCUAAUCAUACACUUGCUUUCUCUGCAUUCUAAGUAUUGUGUUUUAAUCAUGUGGAUCUUCUGCUUGUGACAAGAGGGUAAUAAUUUAUGCUUUUUUAAAGUGAAUCUUUUAGAAAUUAUUUAAUAAUUUAAUAUUUCAAUGAUGAUCAAAUGUAUGGUUUUUUUGUUUGAAUUUUUUUUUAUCGCAUCUUAAAUCCACUUGUGCAGUUUUCAUUACUUUAAUACUCUUUUUUUUUUUUCCUUUUGUUGUGACAUCUUUCAUUAGUUUUAUUUUUUUUUAACUAUGACUCAUUUUAGAAUAUGUUGCUUUCUAUUACAAUCUUAAUUGACAUUUUGUAAUUUUUCAACUGCACAUAUUGUUUUUCUCAUUGUAAUAGUAAUUAAAAGACUACCUAAUUAUUACUUUACGAAAUUCUUGAAUUUUUAUUAUUAGCGAGUUAAUCUGCCAUGCGUUGGUUAUUUAAUUUAUUACUUUGUAAUGACUAGGUGCUGUGACAUAUUUUCUGUAAAAUUGUGCUUUGGUGCAUAUUUGUAAAUAUUAGCAUUUGUAGCAUGUAUAAUUAUUUUUUUAAUUUUGUCACCAGUGGAGGCUUGUUGCAUUCUGCACUGACAUUUUGGGUUUGUGUUCAGAACUGUUUGGUGCUGAUCAAACAUUCCAAUUUUCAUUUUGUUUUUUUGUUUUUCAAAAAUUUGUGAAGCAAGAAACUGUUUAAAAAAAAAGUCACUUACUUUACAUGUUAGAAAAAUCUAUGAAGGUUUCUUUAAAGUAAGAAGAGUUCUUGUCUCAGGUGGUACACAUUGUAUUUUUAGAACAUAUUUUAACAGAAUGCAGCAUUUUAAUUUAUUACAGUCUUUGAACAGGACUGUGUAUUUUGGGUUGAUAACUGUGUUGGGCCGUAUAACCACAACUGUGGUUGUAGCUUGUCAGAAUUAACCAACAGCACGUUUUACAGAUGUCUAUACCGUUUAACUGUGAUAAUAUAUAUGCAAAUAAAAGUUGUAAAGUUUAUAAUGCAUAAAUGUGCGAGUAGUGUGUUGUUUUUAUUAAAAAAAAAAAACAAGUGUGGUUGUUGUGUUGUGCUAUGCGAGUGUUUUUUAUAAUAGUUUGUUUCAUUAUUUUUUCACAGUAAAAACUUUUGUCUGUCAUUCAUGAUGUAUUUCAUUGAUUGUGCUAGAUUUAUUUUUGUGUUACACAACUCUUGACUUCAGAGGUUAAACUUUUCAGGUUUGUCGGGUAGAUGUGUAUGCUGUAACUUUUAAUGACCAAUCAGUCACAUUUAAUAUAAAUUAAUUGUGUACUUUAUGUAGUAGGAGAAGUUCUGUGUGUGCACAGUAUGUUAACAAUAUAUUGCUGCUGUGUUGUAAUAUCUUUCCAGUUCAUUAAUUUCCAAUGACAAAUUUAAUUUUGUGCCACUAGUAUAGUUCUGUUUGGAUUUAGGCACUACGUAGUUGGAUAAAUUUGUUUCUGUAUCAGAACUAAAGUAUAAAAAUUUUGGCAAAUCUUUACAAAAAACUUUUUUUUUUCUCUAUAAAAACUGUUUAUCUUCAUGGUUUUUCUCUUACUCUUGCAGUUAGAAUUAUUUUAUUAUGUAAACAAAUUUUUUUGUAGUAUUACAUUUAUAAUAUUUUUAAUUUAACUUUGUAGUUAUAAAUGUACUACCCAUAAUCAUAGAGUGUAAUUAUUUAUAAUAAUAAGAUCACAUGGAUAUUUGCAUGCUUAUGCCCUUAAAAACACCUAUGAAAUGCCAGGUUAUUAUUGGGGAUAUAAGAUAUAAGCAUGCAAAAUAUUUUACAUAUGUAAGAAUUCAAUUGUUGAUAAAAACUUAAUUGGCUAUACAUAAUCAAAAAGUUAAAGUAAUAGUUCAGAUUGGGCAUAAUGGUCGUACUUAGAAACUGUUAAAAGUAUGUUUAGGUAUGUUUUGUUUUUAUAAGAGAAAAGGUACUGUUUUUUCUGUUGUUUAUUUCAUAAAUUUACUCCGUGACAUUUUUACUGUUCUAAAUAAAUUUACUGCUUUAAUAGUUGUAUGUUUUGUUAGUGCAAUUUUGUAUUGUGUAUCGAAAGGUAGCCAUUAUUAAAUUAUUGAAUGUUUCUGCCCUUCAGGUAUUCGGCAAAUGCAAAUGUUACUUUUAUAAUCAGUAAAAAAAUUAGAUUAAAAAAAAACUGAAAUAAAUGGAAAGUGAAUUUAAGUACCUUAUUCACCCUAAAAAAAUAAUGUGAUUGCAUAUACUACGACCCCAACUUUUUUUGAUGAUACUUCUGGGUUGAGGAGGGGGGGGGGGGGGGGGGAACUUUUUGUAAUAGAAAUCACCAUUAAAAUUCUUCAAUCUAAUCAAGGAUUUUGUGGUGCCACUUUUGUCAGUUUUGGUGAUUUUUUCACUCUUUUGAUGCUGUGGAGGGCAGGUUUAAAAAAAAAAAAAAUUGAUUUUUGCCAGUGCAAUUAAGGAGCUAUCCUUCAGAAAACAGAAUUUGGUGAUGGAGGAUUAAGACUAUAGAUGGUGUUUGCCCGGGAGCGGAUAGGAGAUUGAAGUGAGGACUUUCCCCUUCUGCUCAAAUUUCAAAGUGUUUUAUACCCGUUCCCAUUGCCGCUGGUUCACUUGCAGCUGCGAGACGUAAGGUUGCGAUUACGAUGCAACCUCCACUUUCAGUUUCACCGAUUUUGGUAAUAAAAAAAAAUCACAUUAUUUACUGGUGGAUAUGGUACUUGAAAAUUUUUAUUUUAUAUUACUGCGUUAACUACUUUGUUUGGAAUAAUUGUAAAGACGUAAGUUUGUAGCAACGCUAUCUUCUUGAGAAAUGAUGUUUCAAAAUGCAAUAUUUCCACAGCUGUUUUCUUGCUCUGGAUUGUCAAAUAAAAAUUAAUAAAAAAACCUUUUUUUC